AUUUUAAACGAAAAUAUCGUCGGAAAUAGAGCAUUAAUUUCUACAUUUUCCUCCAAUGACCAUUCUCUGAUGAUCCGUGCAACGGCGGAGUAAUACAAGGAAGGAAAAGUAGUGCACUCUUUUGCCAAAUUGCCACCGUGAUUUUACAAUCAUCUACCGCGGGCGGUGUGGUGAUCCUAUCGAGAGAGUGAUUGUGUUGAUUGUUAGUCACCGAGUUUAAAAGGAAUACAUCAUGGAUGAAGAAUACGAUGCUAUUGUCCUGGGCACCGGCUUGAAAGAAUGUAUCUUGAGUGGAAUGUUGUCAGUGAGUGGCAAGAAGGUUCUUCAUAUGGAUCGAAACAAAUACUAUGGAGGAGAAAGUGCAUCCAUCACUCCACUUGAAGAACUGUUUGCUAAGUUUAGUAUGCCAGCAACUCAGCUAGAAGAGUAUGGUAGAUCUAGAGAUUGGAAUGUUGAUCUCAUACCAAAGUUUUUAAUGGCCAAUGGCCAACUCGUCAAACUUCUUAUACAUACUGGAGUCACUAGGUACUUAGAAUUUAAAUCUGUUGAAGGAAGCUAUGUUUAUAAAGGAGGAAAAAUUUUUAAAGUUCCAGCUGAUGAGAAAGAAGCUCUUGGCUCAAAUUUGAUGGGAAUGUUCGAGAAAAGGAGAUUUAGGAAUUUCUUGGUAUAUGUUCAGGAAUUCAACCUUAAUGAACCUAAAACUUGGAAAGAUAUUGAUGCCAAUUCAACAACUACUGCUCAACUGUAUGAAAAGUUCGGCUUAGACAAAGAUACUGCCGAUUUUACUGGUCACGCUUUAGCUUUAUAUCGUGAUGAUGAUUAUCUUGCAAAGCCAUGCUUAGAAACUAUUAACAGAAUUAAGUUAUACAGCGAUUCAUUGGCCCGUUAUGGAAAGAGUCCAUACUUGUAUCCUUUAUAUGGUCUUGGUGAGCUUCCUCAAGGGUUUGCAAGACUUAGUGCAAUUUAUGGUGGAACAUACAUGUUGGAUAAACAAAUUGAUGAGCUAGUUAUGGAAGGAGGCAAAGUUGUUGGAGUACGAUCUGGUAAUGAAACUGCAAGGUGCAAACAAGUUUAUUGUGACCCAUCAUAUGUUCCUGAUAAAGUAGAAAAAAUUGGACAGGUUGUUCGCUGCAUCUGUCUUUUGAAUCAUCCCAUUCCAAAUACCAAAGAUGCUCUGUCUUGCCAGAUUAUCAUUCCACAGAAACAAGUUGGCAGAAAGUCAGACAUCUAUGUCUCGCUUGUAUCUUACACUCAUCAAGUUGCAGCUAAAGGUUGGUUCAUUGCAAUGGUUAGCACGACAGUUGAAACUGAGAAUCCAGAAGCUGAAAUUAAAGUUGGCUUAGACCUUCUGGGACCAAUCAAGCAAAAAUUUGUCUGGGUUAGUGAUGUUUUUAAACCAAAGGAUUAUGGUGAAGAGAGCCAAAUAUUCAUCUCUCAAUCAUAUGAUGCUACAUCUCAUUUUGAGACAACAUGUUUGGAUGUCUUGGACAUCUUCCGACGAGGCACUGGCGAAGAUUUUGACUUUUCUAAAGUGAAACACGAUCUUGGAGAUGAGCAGGAAUAAGAUUCCUGUUUUUUACAGUAUCACUUCGCCUUGCUGAUGCUGUUUUUUCCUGUUUAUAUAAUCUGCAACAGGAUUUGAUUGAGCAUAGGCUUCUGUCGUUUUUGGGUGGUGAACAUCAACUGCUUUUUGCCAGAGUGAUCCUUAAAUUAUGACAAAAAAAAAAAAAAAAAGUAAAUACAAAAUUGUGACUUUCCUUCUGAAUCUAUUUGGACUUAAUAAUAUCAUUUUUCAUGUGGUCUGUAGUUCAUCAGUUUUAAUACCUAAGAUCAGUAAAUAGUAAAAAUACAAAUAGUAAAAUCUAUCAUUGUUAUAGUUUUGGUAGAAAUAAUCGCCUGCUUGCUCAAAAGCAAAAGCUGAAUGUUACUUUUCACCCAGAAGAGGAUGUAUUUCUUGUCAAUUUGAUUAAUAAUGAAACUAUAUAUAUAUAUAUGAUUGUUUCUGAUUUGUAAAAAUAUUCCAAAGCUAUCAGUUCGAUGUGAUAUAAAUAUUGUCAAAUUAUUCUGUGAUUGUUUUGUGGCACUUUGGGGUAUUUCCCUGAUACACUUCGGCUUUGCUCUGUAUGUCAUCAGAAUUCUUAUUAAAAGGCACAUUUGGCGA